ACAAAGACUUGCAAAAAAAUUUUUAUUUGAAGGUAACAAAAGAAAAUUGAAAAGACAACAAAAUGGAAGUAGAUGAAGAAGAGUUCGAGAUGCCCUCAUCCAGUAGCAAGGGUGAGAAGAAACGAUUCGUAAAACCUCUGCUAAUGGCAGAAUUCUUCCCAUCUUCUGAUUCUUUCCCAGACAUUGUUGUUAACAAUUGCGCCAUUUGCCGAAAUCACAUUAUGGAUUUAUGCAUUGAGUGUCAAGCAAAUCAAGCAUCUAUCACCAGUAAAGAAUGCACAGUGGCCUGGGGUGUUUGUAGUCAUGCUUUCCACUUCCAUUGUAUAUCACGUUGGUUAAAGACCCGCAAAGUCUGUCCAUUGGAUAACAGAAUAUGGGAUUUCGUAAUGUAUGAACACUAGUGUUACCUCUAACCCUUUGGAUGAUUGCAGUGGAGCAAUAGCGCUAGAGUUUGAAUAUUUAGGUUAUUUUUUUUAUUCCAAUCAUAUAAUUUGUGUAUGAAAACGUAAUUUUGCAUUAAAAACUAUCGAUUCAACAAAAGAAGUAAU